AUGAAGUUCGGAAAGCGGCUUAUAGAGGAGGAGGUGGAGCAGUGGAAGGAUUUCUAUGUAAAUUACAAACGGCUGAAAAAGUUCAUACACAGUUCCCCGUUGACAGGAGUCGAGUUUAGCGAAGAACUGUUUCGAAUUAUAGGUGAGGAACUUGAACGCGCCGGGGGGCUGUUUAAAGAGCUUCUGGAAGAACUUCAUCGGUGCCAUGAUGAGCUCCUUGAACAGGAUCCUCAACUUCCCGCUGUGCCAUCCAAGCUACCCUGGAUGUUCAACAGGAAGCGUGUGCAUCGUGAGAAACUAAACUCGCCAAGGGAGGGGCUCUCUAUCGCCUUCGAGAGUUCAACUGAGAACUCAAUGAUGAAUGAGAUAGUGGUGGAACAGCGUGAGGGCUUUGUCUCCAAGUUUAAGAAAUGUUUCUUGAAGCUCAUUGGUGAUUCGCAGAAGCAGGAAAUUGAAGAGGAUACACCAAGGGCUAGGUUUCUUGAGUGGCACUCGAGUGCGCACAUGCUGCAACAUUUUGCCGAGUUGAACCUGGAAGCAAUACGUAAAUCAGCGAAGAAGCUUCGAAAGUACCGUCGAAAUGAGGGGGACUUCACCAUCUCCAUUGAAGCAGAGAUUAGCCGUUCGCAGAUUGGUAGAUCACUUCCUCGCCUUCAUGUUUUUAUGACUGAUGUUGAUGCUGACUACGAGCGUAAGUUUGGAGAGGCUCUGGUCCAAUUUAAAAACAUUACCAUAAACCAGACCUACCAUGCGAAGUGGCGUUUUGUCUUUCUCUCGGCUGCUCUCUUCUGGAUUCUGAUGUUUUUCCCAAUAUUAGAGAGUCACCCGUCGGCACAUAAUUGUGUGGCACUGUUUGGUGUUAUAAUCUCGUUGUGGAUAACGGAGGCUAUUCCUUUCUUCUGCACUGCCAUGCUCAUUCCCAUUAUAGCCGUACCGCUUGGAAUAAUUACUGACCCGGCAACACAUCGAGUCGCCAGCACAACUGUUGCAUCCCGCAUUAUCCUUAGCAGAAUGAUGGAUCACGUUCAGAUACUUGUGCUUGGCGGUCUAACUAUUGGAAAGGCACUGGGCCGCACACACUUGGAGGUUUACGCCGCCGGCGCACUUUACCGUCUCACUGCUCACCGUCCUUCGAUGUAUUUGCUGGGUGUAAUGCUGUGUAGCAGCGUCUUGUGUGCAUUCGUAUCUAAUAUCGCCGCUCCUCUUUUGGUUCUUGGUGUGAUACGACCAACGCUGUGGGAAUUUCCAGAAGAUACGGAGGCCCCGCAUGCCAUCUUACUUGGUUUAGCUUUCGCCUGCGACAUUGGUGGGAUGCUGUCGCCCAUAGCCUCGCCUCAAAAUGCUGUAGCGCUGUCCGUGCUAAGUUUCCAUGAUGUGUCCUUUUUGUCGUGGGUCACCGUUGCGCUCCCUCUCGUGUUGGUUGGUGUGGUUGCAUCGUGGGCUAUCAUUUUGCUCGUGUGGAAACCCUUCAAGAACGUGUCGAGCAUUCCUCUGCAAGUGGUUAACACAGAGGGGAACAAGGAAGUGAGACUUGCGGAUCAAGUUGUUGUGGUAAUGGUGUCACUCAUUACUGUCGUACUGUGGGUGCUGCCGCCUAAUUUGCUGUUUGGAGACACUGGUGUGGUUGCCUUAAUACCCAUCGUAGUUUUUUUUGGGAUUGGUAUAUUGGCUAAGGAGGAUUUUAACACACUCUCAUGGCAUCUCAUGUUUCUGUUGGCUGGAGGAAACAUGCUUGGCCUUUGCGCAAGGGAUUCGAAGAUGCUAGACAUCAUUGCCGACAGUUUGCACGACACGCUGGUAUCACAGCCACCGUACACAACACUAGUGUCUCUGAUUCUUGUGGUAGGGGUCGUGACGACAUUCGUUUCUCAUACCGUGGCAGCUAUGAUACUUCUCCCGAUGAUUCUUAAGAUUGGCUUGGUGCUACCCAAGGAGGAGGGAGUUUUUGCGGUGUCUCCUUUCACCCUUGUGUUUCUUAGUGCACUCAUGUGUUCUGGUGCCAUGGCAUUUCCCAUCAGCUCCUUUCCCAAUGUCAACUCGCUGCUUGCGGAGGACUCGCGCGGCCGCCCGUAUCUCAAAGCGAAAGACUUCCUCUUCUGUGGAACCAUCAUUACAUUCUUGCUGUUCAUCUGUUUUGUCACAUGGAUGGUUCCAUUUACAUAUGUUGUGUUUGAAGGCAAACCGUAG